CAUCCACAACAAGAAGAACAACAAAAUACACCAUAUGCUGUCCGUAUAUAAUAUGAACCUGGAGCACAUCUAUGGGAACAAUGAUUCCAUUGAUGGCAACAAAUAAGUGAGUGGGAGAGGGGACUAAAGUGGAGGAAAGCCCCACAACAACGGAAGUUGUAGAGAAUCUAUAAAAACCAAAUACAAAGGAAAAGAUUAAGAGAAAAAAAAUCCGACACCACCUAACGAUGUUGGGAAAAAAUUACCAAGCAAAAGAAACUAUUUUAUAAAGUUAACAAGUAUUUGCCCCGAGAAGAAGAGAAAAAAACAACUAGUGUCGUCCAAAUGAAUUUCCAACGAAGUUUAACAAGAAAACCCAAUGGCAUAAAAACAACGGAGGCGAAGAAGGCAAUGGCCACGGCAACGUUGGAGGCCAAUGUGUCAGAGCCACUAACUGUGGCAUCGGCAGCCCUGGCAUCAUCAGUUGGAACAACACCAACAGCCAUAACAAGUGGCACAAAUGUUCAAACCACCACAGCAGCAACGGCAACGGAAACAGCAACAGCCGCACCAACAGUUACACCAACAACAUCAAAAACGACAUCCGCCGCAACAUUGGCUGACGACGACACCAGCGACAACAACAGCAACACCACCAUCCACAAUAACAUUUACAAGAAUUUUAUCUCCAUUUCCUUGCCAUCGAUUAUAACAGCACGCAACGCCAACGAGAGUAACGCCUCCAAGAAAUCCCAUCAAUGCUGUUGCUCCACCAACGCAAUCAACUGCUUUUGUAACUCCCAACUCUGUUCGACAAUGGCUGGCAGCCACACAACGACGAUGUCUUAUAAAAAUAAGAAAAAUGCCAACCAAGAACGUUGCUACUCGAGGCGAAUGUGUUGUAAGGUCAAGGCAGCAGACUCCUCUGAAGCAGUCUCCACCAUCACAGUCAACAGUGAAACACCAGAGGUGAUGCCAACACCAUCGUCGCCAUCACUUACAUCAAUGUCAGGAGAACAAAUAUCACUAACGAGUAGAGUAAACGUAAUGGUCAAAGAUGGUGGGGCUGCACAAGUGGCAGCAGCAACUACAACAAAAAUAGAAAAUAUAACAAACACAACAACAAUAAUAUCCAGGAGAAGAAAAACAGGACAUCACAAAAACCAAACACUGUCGUCAUCUUUAGCGUCGUCUUCGUCAUCAUCAUCAUCGUCUUCGUCGUUGCCAUCGUUAUCGUCAGCAGUAUCAUCAUCAUCGCCACCAUCGCCAUCGUCAUCACUCUCAACGUCCAGACCCAACAUGCAACAUGGUGGCAGUGAUGUUGGCUGUCGUGGUGUGUAUCAAAACAUUAAAAUGCCCCUAAGACGCUUAAUGCUAACAAUAAUGGCAGCUGUGGUCCUUAGCACGGAAUUCACGAUAUGUAGUAGCUCGUCCGUGCUGGAACAAAAACUAAAAACAAUUACUGUGGCCAACACUGGCAGUGGUAACAGCAGUAGCAACGGUCAUCAUCUACCCGCAGAGACAACAAAUAAAUCUUACAAAAUCACUGACAGUUUGCCAAACUUACCUGUCAAUCUGACGGCGGCGACGGCAAUGACGACGACGACGACAACACGGACAGUUGCAACAACAUUGUCUCAAGUACCAUCAAUUCAGACAUUAUCGUCAUCAUCAUCAGCAGCAGCAGGAGAAACAGAAAACUCAGCAGUUGCAUCAGCAGCAGAACCAAUGCCAAUGUCCGCCACAUCAAUAUCCACUUCAAUGAAGAGAAAAUCAUCGUUAAAGACCUUAGAAACAGCAGCACUCAGUGAGCCAUUACCAUCGCCAUCUGCAAUAUCUUCGCCAUCGUCCCCAGCAUCAGCACCCGAAUCACUGAUGGCAAUUGAAACAGCUGAAAAAUCACCAUUUUCAUCAUUCUCUUUAACGGCAACCACACAAAUACUGAAUGAGCCACUUACACUGGACGACGAUUUCAAUGCCUCCAGUGAGUUAUUAACGGGCCCGACAUCAAUCUUGAACACUCACGAUUCGAGUGAUUUACCACCACUCAGCGAAGCCGAACAGGCGGCCAAGGAUUUAUUAACGAAGGGAUUUUCAAUUCCCACCUAUCUGCCGCCGUUCCCCGUCUUUGCCGUUGCCGAUUUGCCAGCAUAUUUAAAUACGGUAUCGAGCACAACGACCGAGGCGCCACCAUCAAAUCACCACAUGUCACCAGACGAUAUGAGUUCGCUGGAGAAUCUUUUAUUUUUCGAUAAUGGCGACGACCAGCAACAGAAUCGUCGUCGACUGCAACAGCAUCGAAAGCUGCAAAUACCCAGGAGAAAUUCUAGUUUUGUUGGUGCUAACAACGUUACAGUGCAGGAGGGCAGUCACGCUUAUUUGCCAUGUCGUAUUCAUCGUUUACAAAAUAAACCCGUCUCCUGGGUGCGUUUACGUGAUGGCCAUAUCAUAUCUGUGGAUCAGACCACAUUCAUUGCCGAUCAACGAUUUCAGGCAAUUUUCCAAGAUGACAAAGAGUACACCUGGUCACUGCAAAUCAAAUAUGUCCAGCCAUCCGAUGAGGGUUGGUUUGAGUGUCAGGCUAGUUCGGAGCCAAAAAUGAGUGCCAAAGUCUAUCUGAAAGUGAUUGUGCCAUUAACCGAACUGAUUGGAGACCAAUCACGUUUUGUUAAGGCCGGCAGCAAAGUGGCAUUGCAUUGCAUUGUGCGUGGCACCCUGGAUCCGCCGCAGUACAUUAUCUGGUAUCGAGAUAAAACACAAAUCAGCGAUGACAAUAAACUCGGCUGGUACACACAACUGGAUCGAAAUAUAUUUGGAAAUAAUGGCGAUAAUGAAAAUACGAUUGGGUCACUCAUUAUACCAUCUGUACGUAAAGUGGAUUCCGGAAAUUAUACCUGCCAGCCAUCGAAUAGUGCAUCUGUAUCCGUUGACCUACAUGUGCUUAGCGGUGAAUACUCAGCAUCGGCCAUUAUGUCAGCAGCACGAACUUAUGCUCUUAAUGAUGCGUAUCUGUUGAUUUUACUGUUAUUGAUGUUAUUACACAAUACGUGAUUGUUGAGCGAAAACACGAAUUAAGUGCAACAAUUAAUUUAAAUUUAUAGACUACACAG